AUGGGAUUUUAUUUUAAUGUUCCGGUGAAACCAGGGGGUGGACCUGUGGUCGUUCAAGGCAACGGCAAGAACACGGCCAGCGAGAAGCUGCAGAGAGUCCGCAAGUGGAGCAUCACUGCGUAUAAAUGUACCAGGCAGGCUCUGUCAGAGAAGCUCGGCCGUGGAUCUCGGACGGUGGACCUGGAGCUGGAGCCUCGGCUCGAGCUGCUCAAAGACGACCGACAGCGCUACGAUCACAUGACCAAGCUGGCUCAGACGCUGGCCAAUCAGCUCGCUCAGUUCACAGUGACACAGAAGACCCUGGGGGACGCCUUCACCGAGCUCAGCCUCAAAACGCCGACGCUGCAUGUGGAGUUCGGUGUGAACGCGGAGGCUCAGAAGUUUCUGUCUAAGAGCGGCGAGACUCUGACGGCGGCCAUUAAUUCCUUCACGUCCGACAUGAACACUCUGGUCAACAAAACCAUCGAGGACACCAUGAUCAACGCCAAGCAGUACGAGGCUGCCAGGAUUGAGUAUGACGCGUACCGGGUCGACCUGGAGGAGCUGAACCUGGGGCCCCGGGACACCGUCACCCUGCCCAAACUGGAGCAGGCCCAGAAGGACUUCCAGAGCCAGAGGGAGAGGUACCAGAUGAUCAGAGACGACCUGUCCGUCAAAGUCAAGCUGCUGGAGGAGAACAAGGUCAAAGUCCUUCAUAACCAGCUGUGGCUGUUCCACGGCGCCGUAGCAGCUCACAGUUUAUCAUGUCACCAUUUCCUCGAGCAGAACAUACGGCAGGUCGGCGAACACCUCAGCGACCCCAGCAUGGACGCCCCCUCCUGGCUGGAGGAAAGUUGACCCAACAAAACGACAACAAAAACUCACCGUGCGGCAGGUUGACAGACGUGGGUUCGGAGGGGGUUUCAGGAUCAGCGGACACUAUAGUGGGACAAAUUUUGGGAGACGCUUGAUUUGGGAAUUGUGGACUAUAAAUGUUCAAAGGUAGUUUAUUUAUACCAAAGUGGAACUUGGGUACUUGAGAGUUCGCCAUAGAGUGGGGUGUUAGAUACCAGGAAGUUGAGUGGGUUUCCUGAGUGCUGGGGUGAUCAGGCAGAUCUGAAACU